AUGACAAGUUCAUCAAAUUCCCCACCAAAAUCAUCCUCUUUGGGUGGCCGGCCACCACAAGCGGUGAAGUUUACACGGCGAACUUCAAGUGGAAGGGUUUUGAGCCUAUCAAGAGAUGAUGACAUAGAUUUGUCUGGUGAGUUUGCAGGCCAAAAUGACUACAUCAAUUACACUGUGAUGUUGCCACCAACACCAGAUAAUCAACCAGGAACCUCUGAUUCAAAGCAAGAUGGUGCAGCUGGAUCAUAUGGGACAACAAGGUUUGCAUCUGAAUCUCAACAACAAGGAAUAAAUGAUGGUGGUGGUGGUGAUGGUGGCGGCGGCGGUGGGGCUUCUAAAAUGGACAGAAGGAUGUCUCUAUUGAAUUCAGUGAAUAACAAGUCCAUGUUAUUGAGGAGUCAUACUCAAGAUUUUGAUCAUAACCGUUGGUUGUUUGAGACAAAAGGGACUUAUGGGAUUGGGAAUGCAUUUUGGCAGGAUGAUCAAAAUUCUUUUGGGGACGAUGGAAUGAGCAUGUCUGAUUUCAUGGACAAACCAUGGAAACCAUUAACUAGGAAAGUUAGAGUCCCAGGCGCUGUACUUAGUCCUUACAGGUUGUUGGUGGUUAUCCGUAUAAUAGUUCUAGCAUUCUUCUUAUCUUGGAGAAUUCGGAACCCCAACUAUGAUGCAAUGUGGUUAUGGGGAAUAUCAAUUGUGUGUGAAAUUUGGUUUGCUUUCUCUUGGCUUCUUGAUAUUCUCCCUAAACUCAACCCCAUAAAUAGAAGCACAGACCUUGCUGCUUUACAUGACAAGUUUGAUCAACCAUCUCCUUCCAACCCUACUGGUCGUUCAGACUUACCUGGAGUUGAUUUUUUUGUGUCCACUGCUGACCCUGAAAAGGAGCCACCACUUGUCACUGCCAACACUAUUCUUUCCAUUCUUGGCGUUGACUACCCAAUUGAAAAGAUCUCAUGCUAUAUUUCAGAUGAUGGUGGUGCCAUUCUCACAUUUGAAGCCAUGGCUGAAGCUGUCAAAUUUGCUGAGGUUUGGGUACCUUUUUGUCGGAAACACAAUAUUGAGCCAAGGAACCCUGAUGCCUACUUCAACAUAAAAAAAGACCCCACAAAGAACAAGAAAAGGCCUGAUUUUGUGAAGGACAGGAGAUGGAUCAAAAGAGAGUAUGAUGAAUUUAAGGUCAGAAUCAAUGGACUUCCUGAAGUAAUACGUGAAAGGAGUAAAAUGUAUAACUCUAAGGAGGAGAAGAAGGAAAAGCAGAUAGCUAUGGAGAAAAAUGGGGGAGUUCUACCCCCAGAUCACCCCAUUGAUGUUCCUAAAGCUACAUGGAUGGCUGACGGCACUCACUGGCCAGGGACAUGGCUCAACUCUACCCCUGAUCACUCAAAGGGUGACCAUGCUGGAAUCUUGCAGGUGAUGAGUAAGGUCCCAGAGCAUGACCCAGUAAUGGGUUUUGCAGAUGAGAAAAAGCUAGAUUUCACAGGCGUAGACAUCAGGAUUCCAAUGUUUGCAUAUGUCUCCAGAGAGAAGCGACCAGGGUAUGACCAUAACAAGAAAGCAGGAGCCAUGAAUGCCAUGGUCCGAGCCUCGGCAAUAUUGUCCAAUGGCCCCUUUAUACUCAAUUUGGAUUGUGACCACUACGUAUACAAUUCUGUUGCUUUGAAGGAGGGAAUGUGCUUCAUGUUGGACCGUGGUGGUGACCGCGUAUGUUACAUACAGUUUCCACAAAGAUUUGAAGGGAUUGAUCCUUCUGAUAGAUAUGCAAACCACAACACAGUCUUCUUUGAUGGAAAUAUGAGAGCAUUGGAUGGUCUUCAAGGUCCAAUGUAUGUGGGGACAGGUUGCAUGUUUAGGAGGUAUGCACUUUAUGGAUUUGAACCACCGAGAUUCAUUGAGCACACAGGUGUGUUUGGAAGAGUAAAAACCAAGGUGAACCGUGAUGCACUGCAGGCAAGGUCACGUCUUGAUGAUGAUAGGCAACCCCUUACAUCUGAUUCAGAAUUGGGUUUCCCUCAGAAGUUUGGAAGCUCAUCUAUGUUCACAGAUACCAUACCUGUUUCUGAGUUCCAAGCAAGGCCACUUGCUGAUCACAAAUCUGUCAAGAAUGGCAGACCACCAGGAGCAUUGCUCAUUCCACGUCCACCAUUGGAUGCACCCACUGUCGCUGAGGCAAUUGCUGUCAUCUCUUGCUGGUAUGAGGACAAGACAGAAUGGGGGGAUAGGAUAGGUUGGAUUUACGGGUCAGUGACAGAGGAUGUUGUGACAGGUUAUAGGAUGCAUAACCGUGGGUGGAGAUCUAUUUAUUGCAUCACAAAGAGAGAUGCUUUCAGGGGCACAGCACCUAUAAAUCUCACUGAUCGUCUACACCAGGUGCUAAGAUGGGCCACAGGUUCUGUUGAGAUUUUCUUCUCAAAAAACAACGCAAUUUUUGCAACAAGACGCCUCAAAUUCUUACAGCGAAUAGCAUAUCUCAAUGUUGGCAUCUACCCUUUUACCUCCUUGUUUUUGGUCGUAUAUUGCUUCAUUCCCGCAAUGUCCCUUUUCUCAGGACAAUUCAUAGUCCAAGGCUUAAAUGUAGCUUUCCUCACAUAUCUUUUGCUCAUUACAAUUUGCCUCACUCUUCUCUCCCUCCUUGAAGUAAAGUGGUCAGGCAUUGCCCUUGAGGAAUGGUGGCGUAAUGAACAGUUUUGGGUCAUUGGUGGCACUAGUGCACACCUUGUUGCUGUCAUACAAGGUUUGCUUAAGGUCAUAGCUGGCAUAGAGAUUUCAUUUACUUUAACAUCUAAGUCAGCAGGAGAAGAUGAAGAUGAUGUCUAUGCUGAUCUUUACAUUGUGAAAUGGACUAGUCUUUUCAUAAUGCCACUAACAAUUAUCAUUGUUAACCUUAUUGCUGUAAUCAUGGGGUUGUUAAGGACCGUAUACAGUGUUAUACCUCAGUGGAAUAAGCUACUGGGAAGUUUGUUCUUUAGUUUCUGGGUGCUGUCUCAUAUGUACCCUUUUGCUAAAGGGUUGAUGGGUAGGAGAGGAAGGGUACCCACAAUUGUUUAUGUGUGGUCAGGGUUGCUUUCUAUUAUAAUUGCAUUGCUUUGGAUUUCAAUUGAUCCUCCAACUGACACUAUGGCAGGAGGAAGUCUUGAUAUAUGA